AUGAUCUGGCUCCUCACCGCUUUGGCCGUGGUAGCAGCCCUCGUCUACCACUUCUGGAGUUCGAACAACAACACGAAAGACUUCUACAACCUCCCCGGCCCGUCGUUCAAGUGGUACUCGCCCGUGCUGGGCAACCUAGUCGACCUCGAGACAUGCCGCGACACGCUCGUGUCCCCCGACUGGGUGAAGUUGGGAUGGACGGGCCGCUAUCGCUUCCUCUUCGGCACGGAGCGGAUGUACACGCUCGACCCGGGAGCCAUUGGACACAUUCUGGGCCGGCCAGACGAAUGGGUCAAGCCAACGGACUUCAAGACGAUCAUGCGCCGCGUCACGGGCGAGGGACUCGUGACUGUCGAAGGAGCGCAGCACAAGCGGCAACGGCGCGUGCUCUCCCCUGCAUUCUCGACCUCUGCUCUGGCGUCCAUGGGCCCCGUACUGUGGACGAAGGCUGCAGAACUGGUUCAGCUUUUCCAAGCCCUGAUCGCAGACGACACGCUCGAGGACCUCGCCGCCCGCCCCCCGAAGCCCGAGGACCGCGUACCCGGUGCGCGCAAGAUUGACGUGAUCCGGCACAUGAACUCUUUCUCCGCCGACGUGAUCGGACUCUGUGGCUUUGGUCAUGAUUUCGACUCUCUGUCGCGCAAAGGACCCAGCGACCCACUGGCAGAGGACUUUGCCAACCUCGUCGACGCGUGCGCGGAAGACGCGUUAAUGACAGAGGCGCAGAACCAGUUCCCGCUCCUAGACCUGAUUCCGACGAAACCGCGCCGCAUCGUGGACCGGUGCAAGAAGUCGGUGGACCAGAUCAGCGCCAAAUUCGUCGCGCGCAAGCGGGCCGAGAUCCACGAUCUCGGUGGGGGUAUGGAGCUCAGCGAGGAGGAGGCGGGCAAGGAUAUUCUCUCCAGGCUCAUGGCCGCCAAUGCCAGAGAGUCGGGCAAGGCGGCAAUGAGCGACGACGAGGUACGCGACCAGAUCGCCACGAUGCUGUUUGCCGGCUCGUCGACCCUGUCUGCUGUCUUGUAUCGACUCGCCGAGAACCCGCGCGUGCAGAGCAAAUUGCGGGCCGAACUGCAGGAACUCGCAGACGCUCCGGAUAUGAGUGUGUUGGAUGCUGCGCCGUAUCUGGACCAUGUCGUGCGCGAGAGCCUGCGCUUGGAUAGCCCCGUGACGUGCACGGUGCGCGAGGCGGCGAAGGAUACGGUGCUCCCCCUCGAAGUCCCCGUCAAGGGGCGGGAUGGGCGCAUGAUGUCCGAAGUCGCCGUCAAGAAGGGCACCUACGUCCUCCUCAGCUUUUCUGGGAUGCACACCGCUCCCGAGCUUUGGGGCGAGGAUGCGAUGGAGUUCAAGCCCGAGAGGUUCGAGGAGGAGGGAUGGCCGCGAAUGCCCAUCCCCGGGAUCGUCAAGAAUCGCGCUGUUUGCGCUCCUGCGCGCGUUCGAGUUUGCCCCUCUGCCGAGCCAGCCCAAGAUCGAGCGGACUAUGAUGUUCACCCUCAGGCCCGAGGUCAAGGGCGAGACGGGAUCGCAGAUGCCCCUGCUUGUCAAGAAUGUUACGGCGUGAGGUUCAGUGGUUUUCCUUGGAUGGAGAGGGAAGAGGAAGGCGCGACGCUGGGCGUAGCGCUGAGCAGCGGCCUUUUGGAAUGUCUUGCUACGUAG